AAUGGUACGUAAAGUCCAUGGUCUGCGAUAAUCUUAUCAAUUGGUUUUCUAAGUUUGGAGCCGUAUACACUAUGGAGAAGUCCAUCUGCUAUUUUACCUGCAUCACCUACUUUUACUCCUGAGUCGUCACCUGAUAUCAGCUUUCUCAGGUUUUCACUUCCGAGGCCCUGUUCUGUCAUCUUAUUUCUGUCACCCUGUGUUAGCCAUAGAUCUUUAUAAAUUUCAUACAGACUCUCCCCUGAACAGUCAUAGGCUGUUUCACCUGCUACUUUAACCUGAAGACGUUUUGCAAUCAACUUAGCUAGGUUAUUAUUGAACCUGCUCUUUGUAUUUGAAUUUUUAAAAUCAAAUAAGAGUGUAAGUGACCCUGGAACUAAACAAGAGUCGGGCUUUAAUUUAGGAAUGUUAAUGUACAGCUCUUCUCCCGGGCUAAUUGUUGUUGGAUUGAAAGUUACAACACUUCUAGUUCUGAGUCCUUUUAUGGAUGUCAUACGGCUUCUCCUGAAGCCAGGCUGGAGUUCUCUUUCUGUGGUAUUCAUGCUUUAUACAAUAUGUAAUGUUUAGUGGUAAAAGUAUAAGGCUAUUCCUACAACUAUUGCUAUUUUCCAUAAGUUUGAUGAUAUGAAUUUAAUUAGUUUGUUUGCUACAUCAGGGAGUGGCCUUGGUUGUGAAUCUGAACUUGAACCUUUAUUUGAAAAGUUUGCUGCUUUUGAGGAAAGUUUCCUGGUCUGUAUGAUGACAGCUGUAAGGAGAGCAGCAACUGAUAUUAUAAUACCUGCAAUCACAACUCCGAAGUUAUCUUCAACCCAUGAUUUGAAUCUUUCAUACCUCGUUAGAUCCUCUCUAACAUCCUUCACCAUUGUUUCUGUGCUGUCACCACUGAAUAUAGGUUGAUUGUCUUCUGGGAUACUAUCCUCUGCGAUUUGGAACAGAAGACUCUCAAAGUUGUAAGUAUUAUCUACCCAUUCAGUGUCAGGACCUGCGGGCUCCUCAGACUUCUCACCUAUGUCUACCUUCUUAGGUUCCUUGAAUUCAGGUUUUUUAGGUUCUUUACCUCUGGGCUUUUUAGGUUCCUCAGGUUGAGACUUCUUAGGUUUCUCAGGUUGAGACUUCUUAGGUUUCUCAGGUUGAGACUUCUUAGGUUUCUCAGGUUGAGACUUUUCCUUCUCCCAUUCUUCAAGCUUUUUUCUCCAAUACUCUGUUUUCUCCUUAUCAUCUUUCAAGGAUUCUAGUCGCCUUUUAAUCUCAGCUUCUGCAUUCUUUUUGCGUUCUAUUUCAGCAGCUUCUGCGAGCCUCUUGCGUUCCAACUCAGCUGCCUUUCUUCGGUCCUCUUCCUCCUUCUUCGCAACUUCUUCCUUCCUGCGUUCUUCUUCCUCCACUUCUAACUCCUUCUCAGGCUCAUUAGGAUCGAAACCUAAGUUUUUUAUAAUUUCCUUCAACCUGUCUAUUCUUUCUGAGUAGUUGGUCCUUUUGAAUUCAGCCUUAGCUAUUCUCUUGAGUACAACUAGGGUUUUUACCUCUUCCUUGAGAGUUCCAUGGGUUGCGUCCAGGUAGACCUCAGUUUCUGACCUCUUCCGGACCUUAAUUCUCUUAAGUCGGCUGACAUAUUCAAUUUCCAUCCGAAUAUCUCUGUUCUCAUUCGGGUCUUCUGUUCCCAUUGCUUGACUCCGUAGAAUUUCUAUUUCAGAGUCCAUAACUUCAGGUUCCAUUUCCCUAUAGCUAGGGUAUAAUCUAUCUAGCCUAUCUAUAUCCUCAUCUUCGAGGCCUUCCCAGAUAUCAGAAUAUUCACUACUGUAUUCAUCAAGGAUGGUGCUUACCCUUUCCAUCCAUGCUGCUUUGUAUUCAACACUUUCAGCCAUUAUUAUACUUUACUUAGUAUAAUAAUUGUAUAUAAUCAAAGAGGCAGCUACAACUAGUACCCAUAAGUUUGACGCUAGCCAGGCAACUCCUUUUGCUCCCCAUGACAGCGCAGUUCCAAUUGCAUUCAGGAUUGGAAGAAGAAUUGGUCCUACUUUCUUUGCUAAAUUUGCUAGUGCUUUUGCUACCUUACCAGUGGCCUUUCCUGUUCUCACAAGGGCUCCCCUAGCAUGGAUCAAUAAGGCUGUAAUUAAACCUGCUGUUGACACUGCUAUACCUGCAAGUCCCACUUUCUCCUUUCCUACCCAGUCUAUAAAUCUACGUAAUCUAGAAAUGUCCUUCAGUUGUGCCUCUCUUGCUUCCUCUAUUGUUCUCUGUUCUAGGGUUCGAUCUCUAGCUUCCUUUAGACUAUCAAUUCUUUCUAUAAGGGAAUUAUACUCAGUUGCACCCUCAGCUUCAGUGGCCAGUUCCGUUGUUUUACCAAUAGCUUCAUUAAAGUAGUCAGCUUGGAUUUGCAACGCUCCAUUAGGACCUGUUCUGCUUUCUAUGCUUGAUCCAUCAGGUGGGUUAAGUACCCCUCUCAGUUCAUUAUUUUCUUGCAUUGUUAGCCCUGGAAGAUCUCCUAGUUUUGCGCUUAUGUCUAUUAACUCAAUGUUCUCACGGUCAGCGUAUUCCUCGUCACUGGUAUUAAAUUGCGGCUCUUCUUUAGUAUUCUCAUAAAUUGAUUCAUCACUUGUAAUUCUAGUGUCAGGAUCUGUAGGUACCUCUUUUAUUUUCUUUAUAAGUUCCUUAUAUUCUCUCAGUGCAGGUGAGUCCUUUGAGUACACAGGUUUACUGGUCUUACCACGUUUCAUUAUUUGUGUCCCACUUUUAUCAAUACCCUGUUCACUUCUAAAUAUCAACACCUCUAUGCCAUCCUUGAGUGUUCUUACAGAUGAUCGUUUGAUGAGUUUCUGACGUAUCUAUUUUUCGGGUCUAGUACUAGUCCCUCCUUAUUCUUGAUAACUCUUGCGACAGCUUGAACGCGCUCUACUUGGUUUUCAAAAUCUCUCUUUUUAUUUGCUGUAAGUCGGUCUUCUGAGAACUUUUUCAGUUUCUCUAGGCGGGCUUCUAUUUCAUCCCAGUCAGCGUCAAAUGAUUCGUUGAAUGCAUCUAGCACAUCAGGAAGUACAUUGUUUGGGUCUUCCACAAAGUUGACUUCCGGGACAGUUGUGCUUCCUGAUGGACCUUGAAUGUCCACUGUACCAUCAUUUCCUUCAGUGAAAGUUGUUUCUUCUAUUGCACGUCUCUCCAUGAGAUUCUUUACAUAGUCUAGUUCACUUUUAAGAUCAGUUAAUACUAUAGGGUCAUCACCAUACAUAGCCUCUUCCUUUACCCUUGUAUCUAACCUACUAAAAGCUGUCGUUAGGUCAUCAUAAUUAAGGUCGUCAUAUUGAGGAUAAGUUUUUUCUGUCUCCUCCAUUUCAUAUUCGUCAUAGUCCUCUGCACCCUCCAUAAUACUUUAACUUAUGUUAGGGACUUGAUGUCUCCAGCUGGUAUCCAACUGUUAAAUUUGUCAUCAUAACCUAACCACUUAAUGAGAGCCAUCUUUUUACCCUUCACCGUUCUUCUUCUUAGUACUUUCUCUAUCUUAAAAUCAGGUUCCCUUCCUUCAGCGCUAUACAGUUCUUGUUCAUAGAAUCUGCCAAUUAUUGGUUCAUCAGCACUGUCUUUUAUUGAAUACGUGUUUGGAUGACCGUGAUACACUUCCGUCACAGUGAACAACUCCUCUGUAAAAUUUGCUUCAUAUCCUUUUGUGAACACUGAUUUGUACUUUGAGAUCCUGACGCUUUCUCCGACAGCAAACUUUGGUUCCGACGGCUUGCCUAAAUUGUGACUAAAAAGUGUCUUCCAUACUUCAGUCCAGUUGGAAUCAUUUACACUGUCCGGUGUUGUUUUAAUUGAUCUGUUCACUGAACUGUUGUAAUUAUCAGUUAAGUCUUGAAGGACGUCUAACCAUUUAUAUGUACUGGCACUAUAGAAGUACUUCCACAUUAGCGCUUUCAGUGUUCUGUUAAAUCUUUCCACAACUGCGGCCUUUUUGUCUGAGUAAGUAGAGAAAAAUUCAAUGUUAUGUUUAUUGAGCAAUGACUUUACAUCUUUAUUGUAAAACUCUGUGCCUUGAUCAAACUGUGUGAAUUUUGGGUAUUUACCAAAGUGAUUAUUAAAUUGCUCUAAAAUGUUACUAACUGCGUCCUUCAUUGAUGCCGCGUUUUUCCUAUACACUGGUACUGUGAAUGCAUACCUACUUAGUAUUUCGAUUGAUGUGAGAAUCCAUCGGUAUUCCUUGUUCUUGUCGUCAUACUUUGUCAUGUCAACUAAAUCCAUUUGUAACUGCUCACCUAGAGUUUGGACGUACGUCUGUCUGAACUUAUGUUUCCUAAACACUUGUCUGUACCUAGUGUAUGUGUCCUGCUCAUUUAUCCAUUUCUUAACCUGGUUUCUGGUUACUUUAAGUCCGUCUGAUAUUGCUCUAAGAUAUAGUUUCUCUGGUGUUUGGAAUCCAGUCUUAGGACUGUAGUAAAUAUCUCGUAGUCCUUGUUCUUUCAUAAUAUCGUCGUCCAUCUUAUAUUAACCAAUGUAAGCCAUCUACUCAAGGUACAUCUCAAGUAGCACUUCACCUAUAUCAAUAGGUUUCCCGUCUUGAUCUGUCAUGUAGAAUACAAGUUCUGAGAAAGAACCCUUAAUAACUGAAAUCCUGCUUUCAACAUCGAUGUAGCUAACCACAGAGCCUAAUAAUGGUCUGUCAGUUGGAACUGUAACACUUGUUAUUACAUCGCUGGGUCUUCCCCAAGGGUUAACGUUAAAACUGUUACUUACUAGGUUGCAGUGUAUAUUUACGUAUCGUAGACCGUUAUUAAAGUCAACUUUGCUAUCACUUGUCAAACUCCUCCCUUUUAGUAGAAUUAUAGGAUUAUUAAAUCUAUUAAAGCCAAGCAUUGUUAAAAACCUGGUUUCUAUUGUAAUGUCCUGCUUUACAGCUUCUAUCUGACAUCCUGCUGUUUCAGCAAAGUAGGUUAGUUUAACACCGUGUCUCUCAAGUAAUUUUCUCAUACUGUCAAAUGUAUAGUAGCCCUUGCUGACAAUCACGUCAGUUUCACCACCAGCUGUUUUAACCUUGAGAAUAGUUGUUGGUUCUCUUAUAUUGAAAUAUUCCCAAAAAACUGAAACUCUCUUCACAAAGACUGAAUUAUAGUUGCUUGUUAAAACUGAAUUCUGUAGUGAUAUAAUAGUGUGCGAGCUCUGGAGUAAAAUUGUGAACUUCAUCUUAAUAACAUACGUUAGGUUAUUAAGAUGGAGGAUGCAUAUGCUAAGUACCUUGAACUUGUAAAGAGUCCUAGAGUUAUAAGAGCAUCUAAUAGAGCACGUAAGGAUGCAAUUAAAGCUUUCAUAAAGAAGUACCCGAAUGCCGACCUAGAGAAGUUUGAGUUCGUGGUUAACAUAGAUCUUAACGGUGGAAUUACCGAUGUAGAGACUAAUUAUAAGGUAGAUGAUAGUACCUCUUAUGGUAUUACCUCAGAUGGAUUUAAAAGUAAUCCUGAAUUUGUAAAGUCACUUCAUUCCCUUAAGACACCGACUAAAUGGUCAUCAGUUUGGGCUUCAGGGGGUAAUGUACCUGACUACUCAAGUGUAAGAAAUGUUAAACAUGAAUGGCCGUUGGUUUGGGCUUCAGGAGGUAACUUACCUCCUUUUACAAACUUGAGGGAAGCUGAUCAUGUAUGGGGUCUUCACCAUUAUCCAGUUUUUCAGAAGGCUGUUAAUCUAGGAUCACCCCUGUAUAAUUUUAAGGUGUACGUUUCUGAUCAGGAUUACUUCCUUUCUAAAUUUAGUCCAAUAGAGCGGUGUGAGUGGUCAGGUAAGGCGGUGCUUUAUGAGAACAAUAAGGGCUUAGUUGAGCUUCCCAAGGGUGUUCCAACUGAUAUACGCAAUGUGAGCAUGGACUUCGAGAAUGAACCAUAUUUUGCUCAAAUAUGUUCCGCGUAUAUUGCAACUUUCCUAUGCGGCAUCUCCGUUAAGAAUCUAGAGUGGAAUGAUUCUACCCCAAAACAGAUUACCUCUAUAGCUAGAUACCAUCUUUACUAUACAAUGAGAAAGUUUAUGAAAAAUCCUGCGCUAAUGAAAAAGUAUGAUAUAAGUGGAAUGAAAGGGCACUUUCCGGUUAAAACUCAGGAUUUCAAUGGUGCCUCUUCGGGAGGUGGAACAUAUGUUAAAGUUGGAUGGGUAAACUACACUAACUCCGACUAUCUUCACUUCAUACCAUAUGAGUCAAGUGGAAUCACACAAGUUGGAGUGCAGUUGCUUAUGGAAAGUGUGGAAAGUUAUGUUUAUUCUGUGUUGGGAGCACAAGCUAGAACAAGGUGGAGUAUUGUUAGCGGUCAGUCAGGUAAGGCCCUUCAAUCACAGGAGGCUUUUAGAAAAAUUGUUGAAGAUACUAUAGUUCAAAGUAGUGUAAACACUACAAUUAGCAACAUGAGAAUAGCUAUAAGGGACACUAAUGUAAUAUUAAAUAUGGCAAUCAAUCCUAACAUAAUACUGGUUCCUUCUAAGCUAAUCAUUCUUGAAACACCUAUUCCUGGAUAUAAUAAUAUACUCUCAAGUCCUACAAAGACAACUACAUUUGGGGUUAAUACCAAACUAAACUAUGUUGGGGAAAAGAAAACUAGCCAUUCAAAGAAACAGCACCAGGACACUACACCAGUUCACCACCUUGAUACUAUUGAUGGAAAUAAAAAGGUUCCAGGAGGCUCUACGGUCAUUAAGCCAAAGGAAGGUUCUACAAGUUCUGAGACUCAAGUUGUUCCUAUCAUGAAACAUGAUGUGGUUAGUACCCAUGAGUCUUCAGGAGUUAACGCUAUCGCUGGAGCUGGGAUUGGUGCUAUAGUUGUAUUUAUUCUAAUGAAAAUUAUCUUGUAAACAUUGUGUAUGUUAUAAAAUGGCUCUCUAUAAGGGAUAUAUCAAAGGUGUAAAUAAAGUUGAUCCGUCAAUCGGUAGUGUGUUUGAUAAGAAUGGAUUUACCAUGAAGGGUGACAUUGAGAUGGAUGGUAAUGAGGUAAAAGGUCUAGGUGCGCCUACAGAUGAUACGUCUGCGGUCACAAAAAAGUGGGUAGAUGAUGAGAUCAUUAAACAGGCUGCUCUUACAAUUCAACCAGCAGGGUUUACAAUGACUGGGGAUAUUGACAUGGGAGGUAAUAAGAUAACUAAUCUUGAUAAUCCUACUAAUCCAGGUGACGCUGCCAGUAAGAGCUGGGUUGAAGGCAGCCGUAGACAUGUACAUGCAAGUCUACCUGGACUUAUCCUUACAAAUGAUCUCAAUAUGUCAACCAAUGAAAUAAAGGCUUUAGAUGAUCCUACAACUGGAAAGUCUGCUGUAAAUAAGGACUGGACUUUAUCACAGAUAAGAAACCUGGACAUAUACUUAGCCACUCUCUAUGUCCGGACUGACGGUACUCAAGUAAUGACUGGCAACCUUAAAUUAGGUGGAAAUCAAGUUGAAAAUGUUGGUGAUCCAACGACUGGAAAGUCCACAGCCAAUAGGGACUGGGUAGUUAAAAUGCUAAACAAACCUGUGACUGGACUGAAUAUUGCCGGCGACAUUGAUAUGAAUAACCAUGAGAUUAAGAAUCUUAAGGAUCCCUCCGAGAACCAGUCUGCCGUUACAAAAAAGUGGGCUGUUGAUAAUAACUUUGUUAAUCUCGGGGGUCGUAUGUUAGCCGAUAUAUCAAUGGCUGGAUAUAGACUUUUCGGGCUACCCGACCCAAGGAUCGCCAACGAAGCUGUGUCCAAGGGCUGGGUUGAGAGUAAGUUGUCAACGUUCGAUAAGACUUCUGGUUUUACAAUGACAGGUAACAUUGAUAUGGGUGGAAAUAAAAUUGAAAAUGUUGCUGAUCCAACUACCCCCCAGUCUGUUGUUACAAAAAGUUGGUUCAACUUAAAUGAAGGAACAUUCUUACGGUUAGAUGGAACAGGAUCCCUAAAUGUUGCCGGUACCGUUAGUUUUAGAAAUACACCUACAUGUUCGCAGGGUCCAACGACCUCUAACCACCUUGUAAAUCUAUCCUAUCUAAAUUUACUUCUAGGAAGCCUUGUAAAAAUAGAUGGCUCCCUUGGAAUGACUGGUAACCUGCAGAUGGGUGGAAAUGAAAUAGUGAAUGUUGGAGCUCCUAGUGCUGAUGGAUCUGCAGUUAAUAAAAAGUGGGUGGAAGAUAAGAUUAGCGGUGGUAGAAGGAGGCGUGAGACUUAUAGUGGACUUACACUAUCUGCUGACCUUGAUAUGGGAAACAAUGAAAUUAUAAAGUUAGGUGCUCCCACAACUGAUAAUUCUGCUGUGUCUAAGAAAUGGGUCACGGAUCAUGUUAGUGGGAGUUCUGUAAGUAGUAGUGGCUUUAGUAUGAGCGGUAGUAUUGACAUGGCUGGUAAUACUAUUACGGGGUUAAAUAGUGGGUCAACUGGAUCUUCUAGUGCUGUUUCUUACGGUUCUAUGACUUCAUGGUGCUCACAGUUUCUCAAGCGUAAUGGUGGCACUUUAGCUAGUAACUUAGAUGUUAACGAUUACGAGUUGACUAGAGUUGGAAAUCCUACUACUAACGGUUCUGCUGUUAAUAAGAAAUGGGCAACAGAUGAGUUCAUGAGCAGUAGAGGUGGACUGGUGAAAGGUGAUUUAGAUAUGGGAGAUUCAAGUGGAAUUCUCGAUCUAAAGGAUCCUGUAAAUGAUAAGGAUGCUGUUAACAAGCAAUGGGUAGAAAAGAAUUUCCUAAAACCUUCAACUGGUCUUACUCAAGCAACGGCUGACUUAAGAUAUGUAAGAACACGGCGACAUAUACAUGCAGAAUGGGUUUGGGGUUAUCGUGGUGUUUCAGUUGCUGCAACAAGGUACUACGCUUACUGUCAAGAUCAGAUUUCACCUUCAUGGAGAACCGAUCCUAUAACAAUAUGACAGACCUCAAUCUUGAGUCAAUUACUACUAAAUCAGACUCCCCAACUUUUCGAACCUGGUUGAACAUACCCUUAUCCCUAGUCCUGUGGGCUACUGUAUGGGAAAAACAAUCCAACGGAAAAUUUACACAGGUAAGGAAGGAAAUCGCUCUAAGAACAAUAGACUUAACAAAACUGUCACACAUGGUUCAACGGAACUUUUACGGCUACUGGUGGAAGUACAGCUUGCUACGUCUUUAAGGGUAACAGUCUGUUCUAUUUAGGAGGCCAGCCGGAGUUGGUAGAUAACACGCUAGCUUGGUGUAUUAUAGUUAAACCUGAACACUCAAUGCCCAUCGGUAUGAGUAUGGAUAUGUCAUUCUGCUGGUCACUUCGAUAUUCAGGGUCAGGUAGUUAACAUGUGGUUUAUCAUAAGAUAAGAUGUCAAGGUGGAGGUCAUGCUUCUCCUGCUUAGGUAAGAUUUGUGGUUGUCGUAAGAGUUCUACUAGAACUGGGAUGGCUGGUGAUAUAAAUUUCUCUGUAUCAAAUAAUAUUAAAAUUGGAGUGAGCACACAAGAUAAAAAAGAUGAUUCAAGUAAUGUGUCCGACCCUAAGAGCCUAGGCCCCUUGAGUAUAAUUAAAUAUGAUAAUAAAAAUUAAAAUAAUUCUGAAAAAUAAUAGAUAAAAAAUGGUCUAGAAAAAUAUGAGCCCUAGCAUAUGAUAAUAAUUCUUGUAAAUAAUAAUGCUGAAAAAUAAUAGAAAAAUAAUAGAAAAAAUAAUAGAAAAAAUAACGUCAAAAAUAAUAGAAAAAUGUUCUAGAAAAAUAUGAGCCCGCGUUUUUGAGGGAAAAAUAUGGAAACCGCUGACCGGAAGUUGGGUGAGAUCGCGGGCCGAAAAAGUGGUCUAGAACCCUCAUUCCCUAUACUACUGAAAAGAUAUUCUGUUGAUCCAAAAAAAUUAUGAAUUUAUAUCAAAUUUUUUCACAGUAAAACUGUCAAAAUAAUUGAGUAUGCUAAGAAAAUCAUUAAAAAAAAUAUUGUGGGUCAGCGAAGACGUUUUCGAGUCUCUGUUUUCGAGCUAAACUCUUCAAAGCAAAAAUAUCCGCCAUUUUUAAACAUCAUUGCAAUGAUUCUGCCAUAGCAGCGGCAGUUGGAUAACUAUUAUGAAAACACUCUUUAGACGUUGUUUUACAUAAGUAAGAUAAAUUUGUUUUGCAUAAUGUAAUACGCGUCCAAAACUACGGAUCUAAAUCACGCAAAUUUUUUAUCAUGAUUCAUAUUUUAAAAAACUGUAUCGAGCCACCUUCAUCAAAUAAUACAUUAUUUGGUCGGGAAACGCAAGUGAGGCAACAAUAACUAGGUUCUUGAUCUAGACAAUAUGUAUCUUUCUCCUUUUCCAACCAGAAACAGUAAAACCUUUCUUCACAUGCGGACAGCACUGCAGUUGCGUUUGUGGUGGACGUACAGUCGCUCAAAAUACACUUUCAGCAUGCUUUAUUAGAUGCUGUCGACUUGAAGUUUUGAGAUGAUAAAAUCAUAUUGAACAAGCCCCCUUAAACAAUUUACUGCCAGGAAUAAUGGAAAUAUUAUUAUAAACUAAAUCUCUAUGGACAAAAAUCUAAUAGCAUUAUUUCAACGUAUACAUGUCAAUGACCACAAAAUUCUUUUCGGGCAAAAUGUCAUUGCAUGGCUCUGAGUACCCAAGCGUUCUACUGAGAACAAAUUAAACUUUUUUGCCCGGGAAGAUGGCGAAAAUUGUGUGUAUAUUAGUUUACAUACAGAUUACAGUGACAGUGUGUAUAUAUAAGUAUAUAUUUGCAGUAAUUUAGCAGCGAACAUGCUUUUAUUUUUAAAUUAGGGACCGGUCAUUGUUUAUGGAAGGGGGGGAGGGGAAUUUUUUCUUUCCUAAAUUUUUAAAAUUGAAAGCCCCCCCCUUAAAAGAGCAGAAAUUUAAUGAUGACCCCCCCUCUACAUAUGAGAAUAUUUUUCUUUGACCCCCCCCCCAUUUUCAUUUUUACUCGACAAAUGGGGAUACCCAGGCGUUAUAAUGUUAAUUAUUAAUUAAAUAAGAAUAUGGAGCAGACAAGAUAUUAACGUCGACCAAAAAUAUAUAUUAGCAGAAAAUUAUAAAUAAAAGAGGGGUAUUUUCAUAUAUAACUCUAAAAUCAGGUUUCCAUUUGAUCUGGGCGAUUGUAACCAUGUUUAAUGGCAGAGAAUUAAUAUUAGUGUUUGGAGGCAGGUGCCGUUUGUGGUCCAAGGCUGUAACUAGAUUUGAUGGCACAAAGUAUUGCCAUAGCAGCUGCAUAGCAAUGAGAGUAACAAUCAGUAAUAUUAGCAGCAAAAGGAGAUAGCCAUGACAAUUCUGGACAUUCUGCCAAGGCAUACCUCCGGCACCAGUCACACUGACAAGUCAGUGGAAACAAAAUAUAAUGUAUAGUGGUCUAUACAUCCUAUUUUUAGUGAGAUCAAAAAUUAUAUAAAAUAAAAUGACCUACUACCAUAUAAAAUCCUCUAGAAUAAACAUGGGUGGGUGGGGUGGGUAGGGGAAAGGUAUCUAAGCGCUAAACUUGCUGCAGCUAGGCAAAGCAUGCAAUGGCAGUAUGAAUACCCAGACCGAAGCAAUAAUCACAAGGCGCGAACAACCCCCUUUAAUCGAUAUGACGUCACAGACUCCCAUCAGUGGAUGUGGCCUGCAUAGUACAUUCGCUGUUAACCUUGCUUAAUGUAUUUAACCACAUCAAGAUAGCUGAUGUAAUAAUACAUUGUCAAUUUAUCUCUGCAAUCAGUAAAGACUGAUUUGCAUACAGCAAACAGAAGACAAGAUAAAUCCAGACUAAUUCACACCAGUGACCAUGAUUUAGUCGCAAUUACAACCAAAUGGAUACCAUGCUUAUUAAGCAAAUUGCUUCAAAUUUAAUUGCAACCUCCUCAUUUCUUUGGAAAAUUUAAUAGCCCCUUCUAGUCAUUUAUUUAUACAUAUGGCCCCCCUCAUUUUUCCCUCCCCCCCCCUUCCAUAAAUAAUGACCGGUCCCUUAACUUAAACAGGUGUAACUCUAGUAUAGACUUCUUUGCGGUUAUACGCAGCAGUUUGUAUAAAUUGUUUUCGAGCAAUUUCUAUAACAACCUAAAACUGUUUACUUUGAGGCACUUAUAGCCACUGCGUUUAUUAUACAAGCGCAACUUUUCGAAAGGUUGUGUUAAUUAAACACGUCCUAAAUAUAAGACAGUUGGUAUAAUAUUAGACUAAGUGUAAUAACCCAUGCACUUAAUUAAGGUAUAGCAUAUAACUAGCAGUUACUAUCGCAAGGAAAGUGCUGCAUUUUCGGCACAUGAAUUAACAGAGGAAUUAACUGAAUGCAAAAUUAACUUGUGUAUAGUUAUACACAUACUAUGUUUAUACUUCUAGACAAUUCUCUAUAACUAAAGGGAAGCAUACUUUUGACCCAUUAAUGGCCUCAUUUCCAUGUUUCAUCAUUCGUGCCACGACAGGCCGCACAUGAAGAUUAUAUCCCCUAUAUAUAUUUCCUGCACAAAUUUCUUUCUCGUUUAUCAUUUAAGCCCAAUCAUAAACUUAUUCUUAAUUUAACAGAACAUGAGUAUAUGACAAACAUAAAAAUGGGGUCAUGGGGUCAAAAGUGGAUAAACAGUAUUAAUGUCGAUUAACCUACUAGCUGGCAAUGCAUCCUACUUUAGUAUUAACUCUGUCUAACACCAGACAAUGUUACACUGUGCAACCCCAGACAAUUUUACUUGUCAGUGCUAAAGUAUACUGUCAGGUAAAUGCGUUAACAAAAUGUUUCUUAUUAACCCAUUAGCUGGCAGUGCGCCAUACUUUAGUAUUUACUGUCUAUAAACGCCAGACAAUUUUACUCGUCAGUAUGUAGAGUACUGCCAGUAAAUGGGUUAACAAGGACCAUAAUAUAUUUCAGAUUGAGCUAGUUAAAUUCUCAGGAAACUUUUAGGCGGAAAUUUCACACAUAAAUACAAAAUCCCCCCAUGACGACAAAACACCAAGACUGAAUGAUUAAAUAGUCUGUAGUACUUUAUUUAGGAAGGUAUUUAAUAUAGUAAACAUAGUAGUCUUUACAGCAGCCAGAGAGUUGAGAGAUAUGGAAGACAAAUUAAAUUGCAGGGCCGUAGGAAGAUGAUUAAAGUUAGGGGGGUGGCUGAACGGCGAGCGCCGAAGGGGCGACAUGCCGCCAUGAGGGGGGGGUGUGGGGGGAGCAUGCCCCCGCGAAAAUUUUUAAUUUUCAACUCUCUGAAACACGUUUUCAUGCAUUAAGGGGUUAGAUUUGGGAUAGAGCUGGGGCAAAGAAAGAUUCAAUCUUCCUCUGCGCCAUAUUAAAUCUGUUAUUAAGCAAACUCAAAACGGGUGCAACUGUGCAUUCACUUCGAGAUUCACUUAGAAAUUAGAAUUUUUAGGGUGGCUCAGCCCUCUGCUUCAAAAAGUUAGGGCGGCUCAAGUCCCCCUGCCUCCGUGGUUUCUACGGCCAUGAAUUAUAGUAUGACAACAGCGAAGGUCCCGUUUACAUGAGACCGGAACGAAGUCAAAUCGGGACCAUUUCGUUUCGAUCAUAGCAUAGUUUUUAUAUGAUAGAUAUUUACAUGACACCGGGACGAAAAUAAUUCAGACCGGUAUCAAGUCAUGCCCCCUGCUGGACCGACUUCAGACCGACAUGAAUUCAGACUGGGACGAAUAUAAACACAAAUACAUUUCAGACCGGGUCGCGGCUGUAACCUUGACAUUGGAACAACACAUACUAACAAAUGCUAUCUAAAAACGAAAAUUGCCUGGCAAGGGGAAUAAAUUGACCGAUCUCGUGUAAACAUGUUCACAAUUUCAUUCCGGUUUGACUUCGUCCCAUUGUCCCAGCGGAUUUGGACUCCCCACGGGUAUGGACCCCCCGGUCCAUAUCCGCUAUAGCGGAUUUGGACCCCUAUGGGCUAUGGUACAUAUCCGCUAGCUGAUAUUCCGCGGAAUUGGACCCCGUAAAGUUCACAGAAAGAAGAAAUUUUUAAUUCUAUGGGUAGUUGUUGGGACUAUCUAUAUGUCUAUGAUGAAAUUAUAGAUAAUAUAUAUAUUCUCGAGAUAAAAAUAACCACCUUUACCUUAUGAAAAUUAUAUAUUGUUGUCCCAACCGAGGUCCCAACACUGCGUUCUACUGAGAACAAAUUAAAUUUUUUUGCUAGGGAAGCUGGCAAAAAUUGUGUGUAUAUUAGUUUACAUACAGACUACAGUUACAGUGUGUAUAUAUAAGUAUAUUUUUGCAGUAAUUUAGUAGCGAAUAUGCUUUUAUUAAUAAAUUAUAACUAAACGGAUAUGACCAUGCAUAUAGACUGACUUCUUCGGUUAUACGCAACAAUUUGUAAAUUCAGUGUUUUUGAGCAAUUUCAAUAAAAACCUAAAAUUGUUUACUUUUAGGCUUAUAGUGAUAUAGCCACGGCUGUGUUUAUAAAAGGGCAACUUUUCGGAAGGUCGUGUCGCGUCCCAAAUAUAAGGCAGCUGCUAUAAUAUUAAUGUGAUAACUCAUUGCAUUGCAGAUAUAGAAUACGAUAACAAAUAUUAUAUACAAAACAUUAUAUAUAUGAUAUCAAACUUUUUAUAUCGUUAUUUAGCAUGCAUGCAUGAAAUUGUUUUAAGAAAUAGCGAACGGAAUUAAAUGUUGUAUAUAUAUGUAGCCUACUUUUUUGCCAUCUUGCCACUGAUCAUAAUAAUAACUUCAAAGCCAAUUUUUGGAAGGUUUAUAUGAAUAUGAGGCAUUAAGGCAUGCAGUACCCAUUAUUUUACAAGCAACACAUUUGUGGAAUAACUAUAUGGCUAUGCCUAUGCAGUCGCUAGAAUACAGCUGCCACUGAAUGAGGUGUGUCGACUUCUAGAUUUGAGAGUAAAUGACAAAAUCGCAUUGAAUGAUAUUGUAUUGGGCUAUAAAGCAGGGCCGUACACAGCGGGGGGCAGGAGGCCGGGGGCAACUGCCCCCCCCCCGAGAAAACUAUAUUUACGAUUUUUAGAAUGUCAUUAUUGAUUAUUCUUUGGAUAUUUGGGACUUUUUUCGGCAUAUAGCCAGGCCUUAUACUGUCCCCCUAGUGGAAAAAAUCCUGCGUACGGCCCUGCUAUAAAGUCUGUUAACAUAUAAGCUCCCUUAAAAAUUCACUGCCAGGGAUAUUAUUAGUAUAAUACAAAUAUACAGAAUGAAACUAAAAACUUAAAAUAAUAGUUAUUUUGCUAUACAUAUUUUCCAUUGCCAACAUUAACUUCAAGUCAGCAAUCCCGCUCCGUUCCAUUCUAUAGCUUAGCUAAAACCUGUUUCGUUAUUGACAGGAAUUUCAGUCUAUUUCUUCGAGAUGAAACCAGUGCAAAUUUUAGCACCGAUAUUUCCUCAAAUUUGAAUACUUGAAUGCUUUCUUCCACAUGCAGGCAGGCAUCGCCGACGUGAUUUUUGAGUUAAAUUACUUUAAAGAUAAAAUAUCCGCCUUCUUGCAACGAAAUUGCUACCAUAGCAACGGGAGUUGUUUAACUUUUGUGAAAAAUUCAAACCAUUUAGACGCUCUUUCACAUCAGUAAGAUACUUUUUGUUUCUCAAAAAAAUACGCUAGAUCUUUCAAUAGCAAAUUUUCUAUUUCUGUCAAAACUGUGUUGAGCCACCUUAUUGUCAAUGCCCCAAAAAUGAUUAAUUCGAUAAACUUCAACAUGGAAAUGAGGCUCGCAAGUGGCAUUAGCACUCAUGAAACACCAGUAAACUCUACUGAAAUAGUUUCUCGUUACAUUGACAUUAUGUACAUAUAUCAAUAGGAACAAAAAAAUCAUCUGCGCUUGUAAUUGUACAAAGAGCGAUUAACGUUGUUUCAAAAUUCAUGAGGUUGUAACUGAAAAGGUAUAUCAAGUACAUUAUAAAACCUGGAAUUUUUAAAUGUAAAAACUUCCCAACUUUGAUUUAAAAUUCCUGUUAGAAAACAGUUUUUCAGAAAAUUGGAGAAUGCAAUAUUUUUCUGUGGGGCAUGCCUCCUGACCUCCUCGGUUGAGCUCUUCCCCAUAAAUAUAAACAAUUUGCUUCAGACGGCACUGGUCCUAUCAUUCAUAUCAUCUGCACGUUGUAGCGAACUUGUUUUUAUUACAUCCUCGUUCCCAGGGCUUCUCGGCUGCCUGCGUUGCCAUAAGUCGAGAAGCCUAGGAACGAGUAUGAUUUUCAUUAUUGACUAUAAGUAAGUCACUAUGCACUUCUUAGUACGAUUAUACCCAGCUGUUUGUAAAUGAUUUUCGAGCAAUUUCCACGACAUAUAAUUGUUUACAUUUAGACGCUUAGUCACUAUAAAUAUCAACCUCGUUCCCAAGCUAGGAGCGUAGCGGAAAAAGCCUGGGAACGAGGUUGGCUUGUAGCAAGCUUGUCCACAAGUUGUAACAAUGUGGUUUCAACAACCUUGCAGCGGGUUGACAGCGAGCGCGGUUGACAAUUUGUCAACAAGCUGGGAACAAACAGUGCGAACAUAUCCUGUUGAUAAUUUGUUGAAACAGCAUUGAUACAAGUCUGCUGCAGGUUUUUAUUACAACUUGUGCGUUUUACGUGUGUAAACAGCGGUGAAGAUUUUAAAAUACUUUGAUAAUCGUUCAUGAUGUACCCGCAAACACUUUAAAUUGUUUAUAUUUAUCUUUAGUAUUUUCAGGCCAGUACAGAAAGGUUGUGUUGGUUGCUUUGACAGUUAUGUAGCAACAGCUAGGUAUGUUUGUUUACGCUUUAUUAGCAAAGCUGCCAUGUUUAGAUGAUUAAAAAACUGGGGCCGCUUGUUCCAAGCUGGGUUGGCGGUAACCCUGGGUUAAAAUGUAAACCACUGUUUCGGGUUGUCCACUUCUGCACGUCCAUUUAAGACUUUAGAAAAUGAAACAUCCACACAAGAUUUCUAGGGAAAAUAUUCCCAUAUUUACCAACAAACUGUCGUCGUGGGAAGGUUGUCUUGAAAAUUUUAUUAACCACGAGGAUAAAGCGGACUUUAGAACAACUGAUGAGUUACUAGCAUCGAGACACUGAUAAACAGAUUGGGUGGAGCAUGAUUCAUUUGAAAAUCCCUGUUCUCUCUAUAUGAUCUUUACAAUGCUAUUUUAAUUUGUGCACUAAAAGUGGCAAGAUUGGAAGGAAUAUGCUCUUUAUACAUGCAGUGGAGUUAUGGCCGUCGCGAGUAUGUUUAAGGAGGGGAAGGGGGGGGGGUAGUGUAUUGUGUUUGGCGACCAUCUUUGUACAUCUUCCGAAGUAUGUGUUGACGGGGAGAGGGGGGAGGAAGUGAAAUAUUCUUAGCCGAAAGAUGUGGAAAUUGCCGACAAAUUCUUAAUUUCGUGGCAACUUGUUUUCAGGGGGUGUCACACCCGCAACACCCCCUAAGCAACGGCCAUGAGUAGAACCCAGGUAACUCGAACUCCCGAGGAAAGCCAAAAAAUUGUUCGAGUUAGCGGGGUUCGAGUUAACAAGAUCAGUGUUGAAUUUCGUUUAUUAUGUUAAUAAGGUAUAGUAUAUGUAUACUCGUUUUAUUUAUGGUCGGGGCGGGCAACAAUUUUUCAUUUUUUACACUGAAUUAUCAUGUCAAGUUAUUUUGAUUUUCAUUUUAUUUAAGUGUCCUCCAUUGCACAUCCACCAACUUAGAUAUCUGCAUGGCAGAGAAACUUGCUAUCAGAUAUGUUUUUACAUUUGUUAUUGACAUUUAAUAGAUCUGGUAUCUUUUAAUUAAUUGGUUGAAUGUUCGCUUUUUCCUGCUUUUUUUGGAUCGAUAUGUCCAGUAUAAUGCGGCCUAGCCUGCGUAGCCGGCGGUUUUAAGGGUUGCAUGGGGUUGAGGCGCGGGUAACGAAAAUUAGGGAGGCGAGGCGCGGGAAGGGGAAAAUGCAGGCGAGAAGUUUCCCCUUCCCGCCCCUCACCUCUCUAAUUUUCGUUGCCCGCGCCUCAACCCCAACCCUUAAAACCGCUGGCUACGCCGGCUAAAUGCGGCCGCGAUCUCGUACUCAGAGCAUGCCCGUUCGCUGGUUAGGUGGCCGGCACAGCUCUCGAGAAAUGAUUGCCUGACACGAUAAAUCCGAGCAGGGACAAAGCGAUUAUGGCACCGUAUAAAACAAAAUAUUUGCGAAGAAAAUAAGGAAUUUAUGUAAUGUGAUUUAUCAGAGUAAAAUCGUCUUAUCUAAGGUGCUUGUAUAAGCAAGAACUAGACAUGGCGAAGUAGGUGUUAAGCCGUUACAAAGAUUAGAACUCUUAAUGUUAUUAGCUUGGCGCCAUACUUAAAAAUAGAGCGCGAAAAGCUUGUAAGGGGGUGAGAGGUGUGGUUGAUAUCAUUAUAAAAUGGAUAGCUACGCAAAGCAAGUAUCAUUCGACUACAACUGUACUGGUGAACAGAUCAACAUUAAAUCUCAAUAAAUUCACUUUCAAGUCUCUAUAUCAGGUGAGAUUAAUUAUAUAUUUUCUUAGUUAUAUAUAGCUAACAAUUUUUUCUUUGAUAAUAAUCACCAAUGGCACUCCCAAAAGUUUUAGUUCUAGGUCAUUCAUUUGUACGUCGACUUAAGUCUGAUCUGGAAUAUCGGUCCGACUUACGUAUGUCCCGAACAUUUAAACUUGAAGGGACCGCUCGAGUAUAUUUACACGGUAUUGGCGGCCGCACAGUACAAAAAUUACGGCAUCAUAACCUAGCUGUAGUUUCACGCCUUUCUCCUGAUAUUGUGGUGCUACAAAUUGGCACUAACGAUUUAUCCUCGUUACCACCCGAGGUGGUAGGCUCACACAUCGAGGAGCUAGUCGUUCUGUUGCGUGAAACGUAUAAGGUUAAGGUGGUAUGUGUCUGCCUGGUUACUCCACGUUGGCGUAAUUGGCAUUUCAACAAAACACGCCUUGUUCUGAAUAACUACCUAACGGUGGUAUUGGAACAUAUGCCUAAGGUAUUUUUAUGGCUACAUCGGGGUUUUUCGCAACCAUCUGUGACACCUUUUCUUCGCGACGGGGUACACUUCAAUAAAAUAGGGCAAUACAAUUUGUACCGCAGUUAUAGGGGUGCCAUUCUCAACGCUAUCACCAUGUUGUAGUUCCUAAUCUCCACGUUACAUGAUGCAUCAUCACUUUUUAUUUGUUGUUAAUUCCCUCCAUAAUGGGGGCAAUAUAUUUGUGUUCAAAAUAAAACUUUUCGUCUUUUUGUACGUCUAAAAGUGUACGAAUUUAUCCUAGGAUAGCUUUAAACUCAGCGUUGUCUUUUCUUGCGUAUUCUUCUGUACGCAUGUAUUCUAGGCCUUAUAUUUUGGUAUUAGCGUCGUUAUUUCGUGCGUAUUCUACUCGGUACGCAUGUAUAUUAGGUUAAUAGCCACAUGUGUGGUUUUGUUUUUGUGCUCACGUGAAUUGUGAGUCAUUUGUUGGCCAUAGGAUGAGUGGUGCGGCGAUCAAUUACGAUCUGCCAUGCUCAUUCCUGCCGACGUUUUUAAUAGGAAUAUUACGAUAAUUUUAAGAGUUUUUAUGACAGUUUGCUAUAUAUUAUGCGUUGCUGCUUCCUAAUUCAUACCAUUUGGAAACUUCACAAUUUCAUAGUAUGCUUUUAUUCUACACCACGCUAAGUUUUUCUGUUUUUGAUAAUUCAUGAUGAAUAUAUUUCUGCCUUUUCAAGUUUUAUUUUCUAGAAUGCCUCCCAGCCGUCGCUCAAAGCGUGUUGCCACUCCGACCGGACCACAGAACUCUGUGCAAGGCCAACCAGUUGCAGCUCGCCCUGCUCUACGCUCGCGGACUGCACGUGGGAUGUCUCGUUCUGCUCUUUCUCGGGGUGCUGAUUCAUUACCAUCAACAUCGCCUGCGGCUACAACAAUUGCGUCGCCCGCACCGAUAGUAAGCCAACCGUCCUUGUCUGCCGAGCUGAUCUCGACCUUGGUUUCGUCAGUGACAACUGCAGUUACCCAACAGCUGUCGGCGCUUCUACCAACAACUGCAGCGACGCCAAUCGUUCCUCAUGAGGAGGGUGCUUCUUCUUCGACACACGCCGAAAACCUGGUCAACGAUGCCAUUGCGUCAACACACUCCAGUCUGUCAGGUCAGCCACUUUCUUUUACUAUUCCUAACUCUACGGAAUCGUUUUCUCAACAACCUUUUCAUUCUACCAGCCUGCCGCUGGAUGCUCGGGUUCCCGAAAAAUAAAAGUAAAAAUUUGGAAUGAGGAGUUUGUGGAUUUCGAUUAGCAAUCCCGACCCGACAACCCGUUACGAGAUUAAUAUUCGGCCUUCUGAAACGGGUCAGCCUGCGUCUCUUGUCUUGGAGCCGACCGCCAAAUCAAAACGUAUAAAAACCAUUAGUGAUUGGCUUCGCGCUUUUCAUAUAUUUGUUUCAAUUUACACACAAAAGUCCCCUCAUGAGUCCCCCGCGCUCAUGAAAUAUGGUCAAAUGGUGCAAGACUUGGCCGCAAGUGGCCACAAUCAAGAAGUGCAUCCAAUCCAUUGCCAGUUUUUUUGAGUCGCAAAAAAGUUACUCUUAGAGAGCUUCAGUCUUUGCUUGGCCUACUAAAUUUUGCUUGUUCUGUUGUUGUCCCAGGCCGCGCGUUUUUAAGACGAUUAAUAGAUUUAACACGCGGCAUCUCUCGUACCCAUUUUUUCAUUCGGCUGAUGCGCAAUGUCAAAAAUGAUCUUCGCGUGUGGCAGGAAUUUUUAUCUUCUUUUAACGGCAAAUCCCUAUUUUUGGACGAUCACUGGAGCAACAACCAUAAACUUAACUUAUAUACGGACGCAUCUGGCGCUAUUGGUUUUGGUGCUAUAUUCGGCCUUGACUGGUGCUAUGGAAAAUGGCCGGCGACUUGGCGGAAUUAUUAUAUUGCCAUACUUGAAUUUUAUCCGAUUGUAUUCCGUUUAUAUUUGUGGGGUCACAAAAUGCACAAUCAGUGUAUAAUCUUUUUCACUGACAACGAAGCUCUGGUUUCUGUUAUCAACAAACAGACUUCAAAAGAUUCCGGUCUUAUGACCUUAGUACGUAAAAUGGUAUCAAUAUGUUUGGAACAUAAUAUAUUAUUUAGAGCGAAACAUAUAGCUGGUAGCAGAAACAUACUAGCUGAUAGUUUAUCUCGAUUUCAGAUCCAAAAAUUUCUACAAUUGGCACCGGCUUACAUGCAUCGAUUUCCAACGUACAUUCCAUCUCACCUGCAGCCCGGAAGCUGGCCAAUAUAGUUGGCGAUUUGGCUCAAUCCAGUCUUCAACCAUCUUCGAUUCCAACGUAUAGGCGGGCAUGGGCACUUUUUACACAAUUCCAUCUAAAUGUUUUUCACGUGGGCUCAGUAGCUUUGCCUUUGUCGCCCUCCGUCUUGGCACUUUUUAUUGCUUAUUUAUUUGACCUCAACUACGCUCCAUCAACAGUUAACACAUAUGUGUCUGCUAUUGGUUAUUCUCAUCGAUUGUCAAAUUUACCAGAUCCGACGAAAGUUUCUUACAUUGUGCAAAUACUUAAGGGGUAUGGAAAAAAGGGCUUCCGUUUAGACAGUCGGUUGCCUAUAACACUACCAAUUCUCAACCGCAUUAUUGAGGCUUCGCCUCACAUUUCUGGUUCUCACUAUCAGAUAUGUCAAUUUAAAGCUAUGUGCUCAUUAGCAUUUUUUGCUUUUCUGCGGAUUGGAGAAAUAACGAUCACAUCAUCACAUAACCAACCCCUACAAAUACAUCAGCUCUCGCGGAUAUAUGACACGAAUAACCAUGUGGCAGGCCUGAAGUUAACAUUUCAAAAUUUUAAGCAUAAUUACAACCAGCGGCCUUUUACUUUAGAAAUUUAUCGGCAAAACACAGCUUGCCCCGUGCAAUUGAUCCUUGACUAUCUGGUUUUGCGCGGCACUCAGCCGGGGGCUAUUUUUGUUUCACACCUCGGUACUCCAGUAUCGCGUGACGAAUUCGCCACUCAACUUAAAAGGGCUUUUCGUCAUUGCGGUUUGGAUACCUCAAAAUAUAAGUCACAUUCUUUUCGGAUUGGUGCAGCUUCCCACGCUGCAGAAAAUGGUUAUUCUGAUGCGCAAAUCCGUGCGUUGGGGCGUUGGAAAUCGAACGCGUUUCUAAAAUACUUGCGAAUUUCUACUAUAUCGACAUAACCCCCAUUUCACCUUGAUUUCUGAGCAUAAAACAUGCGGGGUGUUUUAUCCUCAAUUUUAUCUGAAAUUUCCCAUGCGUGAUUUUGAGCGUGAUUAGCAAGGGCAAUCGUGCAAUCUGUCAGCGCCCUUUGGUUGCAUAACUCGCAUUGCACCGAUAUGUCAUCAGCAAGGGCGAUGUCGUAUAUUCUCUUACGUAGUGCGUAUUGUGCAAUUGACCUGGGUGUUUACUUCGCAAUUUUAUCUGCCUGUUUAGUAAGGACAGACAAAGCAAUCCAAUGUUUAAUUCAAUGAAGGACUGGUGUGGCAAUAUUGUAUCCGUCAAAAACUUGGGCUUAGGCAAAGUAACAUUGCAUGACAAAAUUUCGCCUGCCGUAGUCUGCAAGGGCGGCUACAUUUCUACUUUUUGCUGAUAUAAGCUACUUGGUUGCCUUCGUGGCCCAUAAAUCUCGCCGGAUGAGCGUGCAUUCUUUUUCCUUGGGGUGGGGUUUCAUCUCCGUUUUGCUUCGAUGAUUUGGCGAUAAUCUGCCUCCACCCUUUUCUCGGCAAAAUUGUUAAUAUUUUCAUACAUAUAUAUUAUUAAUUAUUGUUUUAUUAAUUUCAAUAAAUCGGCUAGGAGAAAGGUUACUCCUAGCCAAAUUAUCCCAAAUUGUUUUAUUCUUUGCUAUUUAACAUAUACCCAGAAAACAAAGCUGCGGAAAAAGAAAGCCUGCAUUAUUUAGUGGCUACAUUGGCAGUAGGUGGUUUGUAAUAAGGUGAAUCACAUUGCAUAAAACAAAAUAUUUGCGAAGAAAAUAAGGAAUUUAUGUAAUGUGAUUUAUCAGAGUAAAAUCGUCUUAUCUAAGGUGCUUGUAUAAGCAAGAACUAGACAUGGCGAAGUAGGUGUUAAGCCGUUACAAAGAUUAGAACUCUUAAUAUUAUUAGCUUAAUGGCGCCAUACUUAAAAAUAGAGCGCGAAAAGCUUGUAAGGGGGUGAGAGGUGUGGUUGAUAUCAUUAUAAAAUGGAUAGCUACGCAAAGCAAGUAUCAUUCGACUACAACUGUACUGGUGAACAGAUCAACAUUAAAUCACAACCCACCUCCUCCCCAGACCUCCUCUCAGCUUAAUUAACACUUACUGUAUAUAACACUACCCAGUAUUAAUACGAACUUGAUCUUGUAACUCAGAGUAAAUAUGUGUACAUACUCUAUCUCAGUUCAUAACAAUCAGAUGGGCGAUAAUCUGCCUCCACCCUUUUCUGGGCAAAAUUGUUAAUAUUUUCAUACAUAUAUAUUAUUAAUUAUUGUUUUAUUAAUUUCAAUAAAUCGGCUAGGAGAAAGGUUACUCCUAGCCAAAUUAUCCCAAAUUGUUUUAUUCUUUGCUAUUUAACAUAUACCCAGAAAACAAAGCUGCGGAAAAAGAAUGCCUGCAUUAUUCAGUGGCUACAUUGGCGGUAGGUGGUUUGUAAUAAGGUGAAUCACAUUGCAUAAAUGCGCGAAUUAAAGUAUGAAACAUAAAGUCCAAGUAGGGACAUAAUUUCUAAGGUUAAUUAAGCAGGAGCAUUUUAACCUGAGUGUUUUUAGAGAGCGUGUAUAGAAUAUAUGUAUAUUUACUAUGGAUUUAUGGAUUAAGGUGGCUCGAUACACUUUUCUUUAAGGAAGACUAAGUUCGAGAAAGCGAUGUACUUGCGCGUAUUAAGCUUGCGUGUAAUUUGCGUGGACUUGCAACACGCGGGUUUUAAAUGGCGUGGCGGGAAAUUUAAAAAAAAACAAAUAUCAAAAUGAAUCGCUUUUUACGACUUUUACGUUCUAUUUCUGCAAGCAUUGAUGCCCUUUGUAAUGUUAAACACCGUACAAACCUUGGCUACAAAAGAGAGAAAAAUCCAUCUAUUUAUAAGUCGACUUUUAAAGUUUCCGUGCGCCAAAUAUCAUCGGUAAACAAGUUCGGCGAAAAUGAUCGCGAUAGUCUAUACGAUCGUUUUUCGAUAUUGGGAUUUCUUGCACCCAUAUUUGCAUUUUCAAUUACAAAGUUGGUUGCAGGAGAAAACGAGCAGGAUGAGGAUGAUUCAACAUGGCAUAAAGAUAAUUUGAAACGGAAUAAAACCGGAAAGUUUAGUCGGACAAGCUCAGUGUCAACAUUUCGAAAAAUGAAGUGCAUUAGGUCGGCGAAAAGACAGCUCAAAACAGAUGAAAAAAGCGAAAUAUGUUUGACACGGAAAAGGACUGUGAGUAAAACAAUUUUAAUUUAUAUACCAAGAAGCUAAGCACUGAAGUUUAAGUAAACAAUAUACUCUGUCAGAGCGUUUCUAAUAAAAAUACUGUAUGAUUUAUUUAAAAUAUAGAAAGCAAACUCUGAAAUUACAUCUUAUUCUCAAUCACUUGAUGGUUGUCGUAUUUUUGACCUGAAGAUUUUAAGAAAUACUCUUUCAAGUUGCAGUACAUGGCUAAAAGGUUAGCUACCAAAAAUUAAAUUAUGAUCACUUUUGUCAAAAUAAAAUGCAUGGAAACUGAAUGAGUAAGUAAGUCAUGUAUUUAAUUUAAUAUUAUUCUGCAAUAAUAUGACUAUUUUCUUUCAGGUCCAUUGUCAUUUAGCAAUAUAUUAAAGGAAGAUACUGUUGGUCUUGCAAGUGUGUUCAAAAUCAAAUGCCAUGUUUGUGGUGCCAUAAACCAUCUUGAAACUUCUCAAACCCACAGAUCAGGUAAACGUGGACUAAACCAACAUUCAAUAUUAAUCCCCAAGCUGCACUAGGAUGUCUUCACACUGGAAUUGGUAAUACACACUUGAAUAAUCUGCUGUCAACAAUGAACAUUCCAACCAUGAACCAUUCGACAUUCAAAACACGGGAACGAGAAGUGGGAAAAACUGUUGAAAAUGUUGCCCAAAUAAGCUGCAAAGAAAAUAUGAACAUGGAAAUGAAUGAUGCUGUGGUGGAUGGGGCAGAACCUGAUGUUAAUGGUUUAAUUGGCAUACCAGUGUCUUAUGACAUGGGCUGGCAGAAGAGGGGGAAGGGACAUAAUUCACUUACAGGACAAGGGAUGGCUAUGGGACUGAAAACUGGAAAGGUGUUGGCUUAUGCUACAAGAUCCAAAUACUGCCGAAUAUGCCAAAAUGCAAAAAAAAAUGGCAAAAGUCCGCGAAAACACGACUGCAGAAAGAACCAUACCGGUUCAUCAAAAGCAAUGGAACCUGAUGUGGCAUGUGAACUUUGGAAUGCUGCGCCAAAACAAAACUUAAAGUUUUCAACCUAUGUUGGGGAUGACGAUACUACCACACUUAACCACCUAAAUCAGAAUGUGCCGUAUGGGGUCGAGAAAUGGUCUGACAUUGUGCAUGCUAAACGUUCACUAACGACAAGAUUAUAUAAUCUUUCUAGCCGCUGUAAAUUCCCAAAUUCAUCUACUCUGAGUCAGAAAGUGAUCAACUAUCUGGCAAAAUGUUUUCGUAUUGCAUAGCCAAAAAUAAAGAUGUGGAAAGUUUACAGAAAGCAUUAAAAUGCAUAGUUUCACAUACAUUUGGUGACCACAAAAAUGGUAAAGAUACAUGGUGUGGUUUCAAGAAGGAACCUUUGACAUAUAAACACAAGGAUCUCCCACAUCAUAAAGAUUUGCAAGGUGAACAGUUAAAAAGUGCACUUACUUCUUUACUUGAUGAAUAUACAACUGAAACUGUUGUUAAGAAACUUGUACCAUUUGCAAAUUCCCAACGUAAUGAAGCACUCAAUAGCAUCGUAGGAAGCAAAAACUCCAAAAUAAGGUUUUACGGUAGUAGUGAGAACAGUGACUUUCGGGUUGCUUGUGCUGUAACACAAAAGAACAUCGGGUAUAGUUACAUCGACAGUACACUAAACCAUCUUGGUAUAGAGCCAGGGAAUAUCUGA